CAACCGUGUGAACAUUUAAUCACCGAUUCAACGUACAGGGUGCUAAGGAAAGUACUCAACUAGAUAUUUUGUUGUUUUUCUCUGAUUAGAAAGGUAAUAGUUUUGUUCUGCGUGUUGAUUAAUCGACACUCUGUGUAGUUAACACAAUUUAAUUACUAUCCACCCAUUCCUUUCAUCGAUCGAUACAAUUUUAGUAUUCGAACAACGCCAAAACAGUUUGGAUUACAAUAAGUUGGUUCAUUUGUAUUAUAAAUCGUUUGUGCCGAAAUAAACUUCUGCGAAUCUAAUUGAAAGUACCAUGGAUCGAAUCAGUAGUUUAUGUUCACGAUUAACGAAAACUCAUUUCAUAGGAAUUGGAGUAACUCUUUUACUAGCAACUGCGAUUUGUGUCGGAGUUUUAGUGACUCGUCGUAGUGAUUCAUCUUCAACACUUUCACCGUCAUUUCAACACUUUAAAGAAAAAUUGGCGAAAAUCGAUCAUGCGGUUCAAUGGGUAAAAUAUAACAGCGACAAUGUAUCUUUGACCAAUGCUUUUGACGGCGGUAAAGAUGGUGACCAAACUUUAAUUUACGCUUGCAGAGCUAAUGAUCCAUAUAUCAGUGAUCUUCUACCGGGCACUUAUUAUCCAAAGACCAAGACGUGCAAAUUUACGUAUGGAGGAAAAUCUAUAGAGAGAGAUGAAUUCGAAUUAUUAACUACAAAAGAUUCGAGUGCGUUAAUUUGGUUGGAAAAUUCAAACGGUGAAGUUCAUAAUGGUGCCAUUACUGCGGGUCUAACCGGUGCUAAAGACGAGCUUUACGUCGCUCGUGCUGACAUUAAUGGUUUUUACUAUUCAAUUGGAAAAAUUCACGAUAUAUAUAAAUUAGCAUAUGUACCAGAUGGAAAGGUCGAAUAUUCUAGUCGCGAUUAUGAUGUCUUGUGUCUUAAGGAUUUCGCUCUUUGAGAAUCUUAUUUGAUAAAAUGUAAAUGAUUUGUUUACUUAUUUAGAUUUUGAUACAUAUGUACAGGGUGAUAAGAAAGUUCGUUUGAAAGAUUCUGGUGCUGAAAUGCGUUCAACGAAUCAAAAAUCGAAAUUCGACUAAACGUACAUCUAAUACCCUUGUACACUUUCACACGAGCUUUCUUACCACCGUGUAUCGAUAUCAUUACUAUUGUAACAAGUAUCUAAGCUUCAUGAGCGGCACAUUCGCUUUCAAUAUUUUACGAUUAAAAGAUUCAUUGUUUUAAUUGAUAAAAAGGUCGAUUAGAAAUUAA